GGCCUUCUUUGGCAACCUCGGAGCAGUAAACAACGUAAUAACAAAAAGUAAAAGUAAAAGACAGCCAUCCCCAUCAAACACUGCCUGCCAUCGCGGGGGCGGGGGCCCUCACAAAUUUAUUCAGUUUCUCCCCUCCCCGUUUAUUAUGCUCGGGUUGUUUUCCAGACUUGCUGCGCCACGCACCGCGCGAGUUUUUAACAGGAGAGAGGGAGCCUCGUUUCUUCUAUUCUUGUUAAAAAGGAGUACCGGUACUUUGCCCUUCCAACCAAAGCGGCCAGGGUUUUACGGCCUCCUCUUCCUUCUUUCUCAAGAGAUAAAGCACAAAAGCACAGCAGGAGUCGGAGCGCGCAAACAAAAGGGACUUUUCCAAGCUGGAAGGAACAUUGCCCGGGUCCUCUUGCAGCUCCUUCCUCGACCGCGAAACGUCAACCUGGUUUCUUUUUCUCCUAAAUAGGACGCGGAGGGUUGAGAAAACUACAUGUCCCAGCAUCCCUCGGGUGGGGGGAACCUAGUGCCAUUUGGGAUGAAUGGUGUUGACGUUGGUAGCAAUGGAAAGUCCUGGGCGUGUGAGUGCGCUGCGCUGCGGGGCUUCCAGUAGGAAUUGCUAGGAAGGUUGGGGAGGCUUUGGGGGUCGUAAUCUCUCUGCGCAAAAAAACCAAAACCCCUUCUUGCAAGCAACGCGCACACACACACACACACAAAAAGGGAAGGCCUGCCUGAAGUCACUUUCUACAGGGUAAGAGUCUGUUUUCAUCUUUACUUCCUGGUCAGAGAGUGGAGGAGGAGGAGGAGGAGGAGGAGCGCAAAAGAGAAGAAAUAGCCAACGCUUGGAAAGCGCGUGAAAGGUGGGUUUUGGUCGCGCCAUUCGCGGGGUUCAGGGAGAUAGGGGCGCGCAAGGCGAGCGCCCCGUUUUUCUUCCCCACCCCCUGGCUCUUGCAGUUGCGGCUCUUGGAGUUUCCCUGCAGUUCUUGGUUAGCCGAGCAAGUCUGUCGCGCUGAAAAAUAACAAAACGCGAAGCAGGCAAGGAACGGGUGGGGACCCUCUCCACGGACUGGCAGAGCGAGCAGAAAGGCCUGCCAACGUUGGCUCUCAGCGUGAGCACCCAGGUCUGGGUAUUAUGUGAGUGCCCUGAACGGGUGAGCAACUUGUGACACCCCCCCCCAAGUAAUCGGACUACAGUUUCCAUCAUGUCUGACCAAGCUGGUAGGAUAGGAGCUGAUGGGAGCUGGAGUCCAGCAUUUGGGCGGCUCCCGUUCCUCCACCCCUGGCCUUGGCUAGAAAUGUGUUCGGAUGGACUGGAGAGUAAUCAAUAUUUUCAAAACCACCGUAAGAUAUAGGAAAUAGUCGUGGGUUGAAACUAGGAAAGCUGGUUUCCCCGCUUUAAGGAAAAUUAAUGUUCCUUUGCCUUAUAUAACAAUAUUUCUCUUUUUCUGGGAGGUUACGCUCAGAUGUUGUUGUUGUUUAGUCGUUUAGUCGUGUCCGACUCUUCAUGACCCCAUGGACCAGAGCACACCAGGCACUCCUGUCUUCCACUGCCUACGCUCAGAUACAUUCCUCAUUAGGAGAGACAACCUCUUAAACUCCUCGUGCCCUGAAACUAGAAUAAACUUGUUCCAGGAUUUGAUUUCACUUCUUCAACCCUGUUUGACCCCAAAAAAGGCAAUGCGACAACCAUUAAAGGUAAAGGGACCCCUGACCAUUAGGUCCAGUCGCAGACAACUCUGGGGUUGCGGCGCUCAUCUCGCUUUACUGGCCGAGGGAGCCGGCGUACAGCUUCUGGGUCAUGUGGCCAGCAUGACUAAGCCACUUCUGGUGAACCAGAGCAGCGCAACGAAACGCCGUUUACCUUCCUGCCAGAGCAGUACCUAUUUAUCUACUUGCACUUUGAUGUGCUUUCGAACUGCUAGGUGGGCAGGAGCUGGGACCGAGCAAUGGGAGCUCACCCCAUCACGGGGAUUCAAACCGCCGAGCUUCUGAUCGGCAAGCCCUAGGCUCUGUGGUUUAACCCACAGCGCCACCCAUGUCUCGUGACAACCAUUAUACUCCAACAAAUCUAAACCCUGGUUCGAUCAGGAAUGCCUCGCUACGAAGCGCACUUUGUUGGGAAAAUACAGGAACUCUUUAUCAAGGGAAACUUCCUUCCAUCUACAUACACUGUAGACAGGGCUGGCCCAUUCAUAAAGUCAGAUGAGGCGAUCACCUCAGGCAACAGGGUAGGGGCAAAACUAAGCUUUACUUCACCCUGGUCAAAGACCCAGUUUGGCACCCGCCUCACGUGCAUUUGUGUACACACAUGCACAGUCUGGAAGCCUCAAUGGCACUUUUCUGGAGGUGUCACCCGGGGCAAAAAACCUGGCUGGCCCCCCACCCCCAUAGCUACAGCUCUAUCCGAUGCAUGAGUUCCUGCUGCCAAUCUGUCUUCCACCCCCCACCCCCCGUUCCUGAUGUCAAUCUUCACUCACCUGUUUUUUCCUGGCAGGGAGGGGGUCACUCCAUUUUGGGGUUUGUUUCAGGUGCCAAAAUGUAUUGGGCCGGUAUUGAUUGCAGAAUAUAAUAUGCCAUUGAGACAGGGCUGGGGUUCUGCGAGAGUGUUAUUCAUCAAAUGGUGCAUUCUGAAAUUUAAGCUUCUCGGUAGUGGCGCCCUCCCUGUGGAACGCCCUCCCACCAGAUGUCAAAGAGAACAACAACUACCAGACUUUUAGAAGACACCUGAAGGCAGCCCUGCUUAGGGAAGUUUUUAAUGUUUGAUGUAUUACAGUUUUUAAAUAUUUUUUUUUGGAAGCCGCCCAGAGUGGCUGGGGAGGCCCAGCCAGAUGGGCGGGGUAUAAAUUAAUAAUAAUAAUAAUAAUAAUUAUUAUUAUUAUUAACAUUAUGCCUUCAGAUUGUUCUGGUUCGAGAAUUAUCUUGGUUUUUUCGAAAUCCAGUAAGUUAGUUAUAGGAUAAACAUUAUGAUACAUACAGAGACAUACACAUGAAUGAAUGAAUUUAUUAAUACGGUCACAGACCAGCGCCAACACACACAACAUCACAGAUCAUACAAAAAAAAUAUAUCAAAAAUACAGAGGACAAUAUGAGUAUUUAAAUAUAAAAAUAUAAAUUUAAAUAUAAAAAAUUAAAAUUACCUUGGUUUUUUCGAAAUCCAGUAAGUUAGUUAUAGGAUAAACAUUAUGAUACAUACAGAGACAUACACAUGCUUCCUCUGGUGACUGACCUACUCAGCUCCAGUAUUUCAUGGUACAAGUGUCAUCUGCAAGAAAAAAUUAGGAAGAGGAAUAACAGGUGGACACAUACACAUGUAUGGCUUUCCGUGUUGUUCUAAACAGUGUUAGAAGCUGUGAGCCCCAAAUCUGAGCAUUUUACUGUGAUGCAGAAAAGAAGGGGUAGCAAUUCUGGAGAGUAGGGAUGAGAAGAAGGUGUUCUUUCCCCUUUCCUUCUCCCUGAAAUAUAGUGUUUAGUGUAUCCAGGGUGUACGUCUCCUGGAUACAACCCUACACCCUACCCCAAGGAUGCCUACUGUAAACUGGCAGAACUUGGCAGAGGCCAAUUUGCUCUCUCCCCUUCCUUCCCUUUUUUCCCCUCCCCACAACUAACAUCUAAUAUCCCAUAUCUCAUGUGUUGUCAGCCAUUAACUGGGUAACUCACUGUGGUUGCUUCCACACUAGGAGUUCCAAUGGAAUUCCAGCGCCUUGUUCCCUCACUUUUUACAUACCAUCCACAUAAAGCUGUCAUUCAAUCAAGGGCAUCCUGUAUUUGCUUUGCGGUUCUUCCUUCUCUUCUCAGAUCUCCAACUUCUCCCUCCCUCCACGCCCUGAAGAAUUGAAUAGUAGGGUUUUAUUUUGACAGGGACAAUGUAUUCUCAGGCAGGUGAGUCCACUGCAGCUCAACCCAAAUUCCCUACAACUUUUGCAGUGGGUGCCACUUUAUGGUUUAAAAUAUAUAUUAAAACAUUAGCUACAUACCACCUAAAAUGCAGGAAUGUUAUAGUUUAAUAAUAUUAUAAUUCUAAUUGUAAAAAAUAUAUUUAAAAAAACCUCUUUGGUCACAGACAAAUUUGUAUGCUGUUUUUAUUGUUUUAUUAUAUUUUAAUGUUCUUUUGCAGGGUUUCCCAAACUUGGGUCUCCAGCUGUUUUUGGACUACAAUUCCCAUCAUCCCUAGCUACCAGGACCAGUGGUCAGGGAUGAUGUGAGUUGUAGUCCAAAAAGAGUGGGAGACCCAAGUUUGGCAAACCCUGUUCUGUCGCUAGUAAGUUGCCCAGAGAGCAUUGCUAUUGGGUGGCCUAUACAAAUAAAUAAAUAUACAGGAAAAGUGAUUUGAACUCAGUUUAUUUAUUUAUUUUGUAAUUAAUAAGAGUUGGACAAUGGCUACUUAACAGGCUGAGGAAAGGAAAAUGGCCUACCUUGGUUGGUCUUCCAUAUGGCGAUGCCCUAAAAGACACAGGGGCUUUUCCUAGUUUGGGAAAUAGCAAGCGCCCAAGUAGGAACCUAGGCUUCAGGCAAAUUCAUGGUACUCUCCGCAGUGCCCUGUAACUCAGUUGUGGGUGUGGACAGUCACUAAAUGUGGGGUGGGUACAUCAGCAACUCCUCAUAACCUGGGUCUUUGCCACCCCAAGCUAGUCUUCCCCCUCAACCUGAAGGAUCAUAGAAUCAUAGAAUCAUAGAGUUGGAAGGGACCACAAGGGCCAUCAAGUCCAACCCCCUGCCAAGCAGGAAACACCAUCAGAGCACUCCUGACAUAUGGUUGUCAAGCCUCUGCUUAAAGACCUCCAAAGAAGGAGACUCCACCACACUCCUUGGCAGCAAAUUCCACUGUCGAACAGCUCUUACUGUCAGGAAGUUCUUCCUAAUGUUUAGGUGGAAUCUUCUUUCUUGUAGUUUGGAUCCAUUGCUCCGUGUCCGCUUCUCUGGAGCUGCAGAAAACAACCUUUCUCCCUCCUCUAGGUGACAUCCUUUUAUAUAUUUGAACAUGGCUAUCAUAUCACCCCUUAACCUCCUCUUCUCCAGGCUAAACAUGCCCAGCUCCCUUAGCCGUUCCUCAUAAGGCAUCGUUUCCAGGCCUUUGACCAUUUUGGUUGCCCUCCUCUGGACACGUUCCAGUUUGUCAGUGUCCUUCUUGAACUGAAGGACCAAGCUGGCAGUGUGGGCCCUGGAAGACCAUGCCCUCAGAGCCAAUGUGCUGCAGUGAGUAGAAUAUUCCACCUGGAGUAAACCAUGAAACGUAACAGGGUAAUCAUAAUACAGUGGUACCUUGGGUUAAGAGCUUAAUUCAUUCCAGAGGUCCAUUCUUAACCUGAAACUGUUCUUAACCUGAAGCACCACUUUAGCUAAUGGGGCCUCCUGCUGCCGCCACGCCGCCGGAGCACGAUUUCUGUUCUCAUCCUGAAGCAAAGUUCUUAACCCGAGGUACUAUUUCUGGGUUAGCGGAGCCUGUAACCUGAAGCGUAUGUAACCUGAAGCGUAUGUAACCCGAGGUACCACUGUAAUAAUUUUAUUAUUUAUACCCUGCCCAUCUGGCUGGUUUUCCCCAGCCACUCUGGGUGGCUUACAGCUCAUAAAAAAUGGUAAAACAAACAAACAAAAAAAUCUUGAUACAGGGUUGGCUUCAGGUGUCUUCUAAAAGUCAGAUAGUUGCUUAUUUCCUUGACAUCUGAUGGAAGGGCAUUCCGCAGGGCGGGUGCCACUACCGAAACGUCCUCUGCCUGGUUCCCUGUAACCUCAUUUCUGGGAAAUGAGUAAUCCUGGGAAGUCAGAAAGUGAAACGGAAUAAAGCUCCUUGAGGAAAUGACAGGAUAAAAUUGUGAACAAUAGGGCUGGCUUUGCCACUGGCUACUAUUUUGUUUUUGUUUUGUUUUUUAUAUGAUAUUUAUUAACGUUUCAAAAAGAGGUUACAUAGUUUAAAAAAAAGAAAAAUAGAGAAAAGAAAAAUACAAAAUACAAAAAAAAAAUUAAAAACAAUUCCAUCUUUUCAUCACUUAUCUUUCAUUUACUUAUUUCCCGGACCUCCUCAUGCCUCCCUUUUUUGUAUUCCAGUUCAAUUUAUUAGUUCCGCAAUUCCUUUCCCUCCUUUAUCCUGAUCUUUAAUCUUAAUAUAUUAUAGCAUUAAGUUUUUACGUAUUGAAAAUCCAAUUUUUCCAUAUUCUUUUAUACCAUUACGGCUAGAAACCACUUAACUUCAAUCCAACAUCAUUCUAACAUUCAUUAAUUUUGCAAUAUUUCUGUAAAUAAACUUUAAAUUUCUUCCAAUCUUCUUCCACCGACUCUUCUCCCUGGUCUCGGAUUCUGCCAGUCAUUUCCGCCAAUUCCAUGUAGUCCAUCAUUUUCAUCUGCCAUUCUUCCAGUGUGGGUAGGUCUUGUGUCUUCCAAUGCUUUGCAAUAAGUAUUCUUGCUGCUGUUGUAGCAUACAUAAAGUUCUGUCCUUCUUUAACACCGAUUGGCCGACUAUGCCCAGGAGAAAGGCCUCUGGUUUCUUCAAGAAGGUAUAUUUAAAUACCUUUUUAAUUCAUUAUAAAUCAUCUCCCAGAAAACCUUAAUCCUUGGGCACGCCCACCAAAGGUGAAAGAAUGUACCUUCAGUUUCUUUACAUUUCCAACAUUUGUUAUUGGGCAAAUGGUAGAUUUUUGCAAGCUUGACUGGGGUUAUGUACCACCUGUAUAUCAUUUUCAUAAUAUUCUCUCUUAAGGCAUUGCAUGCCGUAAACUUCAUACCUGUGGUCCACAACUGUUCCCAGUCAGCCAUCAUUAUGUUAUGUCCAACGUCUUGUGCCCAUUUAAUCAUAGCAGAUUUCACCGUUUCAUCCUGAGUAUUCCAUUUCAACAGCAAGUUAUACAUCUUUGACAAAAUCUUAGUUUUGGGUUCUAACAAUUCUGUUUCUAAUUUUGAUUUUUCCACCUGGAAGCCGAUUUUCUUGUCCAAAUUGUAUGCCUCCAUUAUCUGAUAAUAAUGAAGCCAGUCUCGCACUUUGUAUUUAGUUUUUCAAAACUCUGCAGUUUCAAUCUAUCUCCAUCUUGUUCCAAAAUUUCCCAAUAUUUCGGCCAUUUGACCUCCAUAUUGAGCUUUUUCAGAGCUUUCGCUUCCAUUGGUGACAGCCACCUUGGGGUUUUAUUUUCCAAUAAGUCCUUAUAUCUUAUCCAAACAUUAAACAAUGCUUUCCUGACAAUAUGGUUUUUAAAUGCUUUAUGUGCUUUGACCUUAUCAUACCACAGAUAAGCAUGCCAUCCAAAUACGUUGUUGAAACCUUCUAGAUCCAAAACUCAGUGUUUUCAAGGAGCAGCCAUUCUUUCAACCAGCAAAAAGCUGCUGAUUCAUAAUAAAGUUUAAAGUCUGGCAGGGCAAAUCCACCUCUUUCCUUUGCAUCAGUUAAUAUCUUAAAUUUUAUUCUGGGCUUCUUGCCCUGCCAGACAAAUCUAGAAAUAUCUCUCUGCCACUUCUUGAAACAGUCCAUCUUGUCCACAAUUUGCAGUGUCUGAAACAAAAACAACAUUCUAGGCAAUACAUUCAUUUUUAUCGCAGCAAUAUGGCCCAGCAGUGAAAGCUUCAAAUUUGACCAGAUUUCUAAAUCUUUUUUCACUUCCAUCCAACAUUUUUCAUAAUUAUCUUUAAAUAAGUUCCCAUUUUUGGCUGUCAUAUUAAUCCCCAGGUAUUUCACUUUCUUAACCACAGUCAGACCUGUCUCAUUCUGAAACCUCUCUCUUUCAAUCGGUGUUAAAUUUUUCUCUAAAACCUUAGUUUUUAGCUUGUUCAGUUUAAAGCCUGCCACUUGACCAAAUUCUUGAAUUAAUUCUAAGACCCUUUUAGUACUAGAUUCUGGCUCCUGUAACGUCAAUACUAAGUCAUCUGCAAAUGCUCUCAGUUUGUACUGUUUGGCUCCGACCUGUAUACCUUUAACCAACCGGUCCCUUCUAAUCAUAUUCAGCAAAACCUCCAGGACCGAUAUAAAAAGCAAUGGGGAGAUUGGGCACCCCUGUCGUGUCCCUUUUUCUAUCUUAAAUUCUUCCGUCACCACGUUAUUUACAAUUAAUUUAGCCUUUUGUUCAGAGUAUAUUGCACCUAUACCAUUUUCAAAACCUUGGCCUACCCCCAUCCCCUGUAGGUUCUUCUUCAUGAAGCUCCAAGAGAUAUUGUCAAAAGCUUUCUCCGCAUCCACAAAUAUCAGAACUGCUUUAGUGUUAAUAUUCACUUCUAGUUUUUCCAAAAUGUCAAUUAUAUUCCUCAAAUUGUCAGACAAGUGUCUUCCCGGGAGAAAGCCCGCUUGGUCUUUAUGAAGCUCUUCCAUCAAUACUUUUUUCAAUCUCUUGGCCAAAAUGUCUGCAAAAAUUUUGUAAUCCACAUUAAGUAACGAUAUAGGGCGGUAGUUCUUUAGCUGAGUCUUUUCAGUCUCUGUUUUAGGUAUAAGUGUAAUGUACGCCUCUUUCCACGACUCUGGUGCCCUUUUCCCCUCCAUUAUUUCAUUACAGACCUCUUUCAAAGUUUGUACUAGCCAUUCUUUUAAGGAUCUGUAGUAUCUAGAAGUCAGUCCAUCCGGUCCUGGAGAUUUGCCCAAUUGCAUAUUCUGAAUGGCACCUUCUAUCUCCUGUUCAGUUAUUUUGUAAUUCAGCAUUAAUUUAUUUUCUUGAGAGAUUUUUUGUAGUCCAUUUGUUUUCAAAAAUCGAUCUACAUCAGUUUCUUUCUGUGGCCCUUGUGUAUAUAGUUGUUUAAAGUACCUCUGGAAACAAUUUCUAAUCUCAGCUGGGUUCUGUAUAUUCCUUCCUUCCACUUCUAAAUUUGUAACUGUAUUUAAUUUUUGUCUUUUUUUCAUUUGCCAAGCCAACAAUUUCCCACAUUUAUUAGCCGACUCAAAUGUCUUUUGUCUCAUUUGUUUAAUUUUCCAUUCUAUCUCCUGAUUCAUCAUCUUCAUAUAUUGCACUUGAUAUAACUUUAUUUCUCUCAAAAUCUCUUGAGACUUUGGUUUUGCUCUCAAUCUUUUUCCACUUUCCUUUAUUUUCUCCAAAAUUUUAUCCUUCUUCUCAUUUUGGAUUCUCUUCUUUAUUGCAUUCUGUUGUAUCAGGAACCCUCUCAUAACCGCUUUACUUGCGUCCCAGAUUACUCUUUUUUCCACAUUGGUGCUCAUAUUUAUCUCAAAAUAGUCUCUCAAGGUUUUUUGGGCCUUCUUAAGCACUUCUUCAUCUCUAAAUAAGGUGUCAUUCAUCCUCCAUCUAAAGGAGCCAGUUGGUGUUAGUUUCAUUUCCAUCUUAACAGCAUUAUGGUCGGAGCAGGUUUUUGGGCAGAUUUCCACUUUUCUUGUCUUUGGUGCCAUUCCUCUAGUUACCCAUAUUUGGUCAAUUCUUGUCCAUGUCAUGUAAUAAUUUUAUUAUUUCUACCCUGCCCAUCUGGCUGGUUUUCCCCAGCCACUCUGGGUGGCUUACAGCUCAUAAAAAAUGGUAAAACAAACAAACAAAAAAUCCUUGAUACAGGGUUGGCUUCAGGUGUCUUCUAAAAGUCAGAUAGUUGCUUAUUUCCUUGACAUCUGAUGGAAGGGCGUUCCGCAGGGCGGGUGCCACUACCGAAACGUCCUCUUCCUGGUUCCCUGUAACCUCAUUUCUGGGAAAUGAGUAAUCCUGGGAAGUCAGAAAGUGAAACGGAAUAAAGCUCCUUGAGGAAAUGACAGGAUAAAAUUGUGAACAAUAGGGCUGGCUUUGUUGGGUUUAUUUAAGAUAUUUUCAGCCCACCUUUCAGCCAUAGGCUGCCCAACAUACCAUAAAAAGAAUAACAAAACAAUAGAAAUAAAACAACAAUAAAUAUUAAUCUGUUUGAAGCUGUGGUUUGUAGCAAUCUACUGGAUGUGCAGUGUGAUACCUCCCCUGCAUGGAACUGUAAAAGCUUCUUGAAUACAUAGGGACUCUGAUUUUAUUUUAUUUUUUUAUUAUCUAUCAGAUUUAUGUCCCACCUUUCCUUUAGGGAGCUCAAGGUGGUGUAUAUGGUUCUCUUCUGCCCUGUUUUGUCCUCACAACAACACUGUGAGGUUUUAAGUAAGUUGUAACUCAAAAUCACCUGAUAAUUGCACAACAGCCAGUUAUUUUUCUCUGUGGCCCAUACAGGCUUCCCUGAAAAAGAGAAGCUGAUAACGCACUGGAAGAUGACUCUUCAGCCCCCAAAUACGGACGAUAUCUCACCCAAUACUCUACAAAAUGAAACGGAAGAAACCAUAGAGGAUUCCUUGUUGGAAAAGCCCUUGGAGUCUGACAGAGUUCUGCUGAAAAUGGAGCCCAGUGGCCCUUUGGGAUGCGACACAAGGCUUUCCCCAGGUUCAUUUAGCAUAUCUGGCAGUUCUGAAGAUAAAGAUGUGGUAAACCCAUUAGGUGAAAGGACUGGGUGUGUAGCCCAAGUUACCCGGCAAUAUUCUCUCACAGAAGAGGAAAACAAUUUGCUCAACACUACUCCAGAACAAAAAAUGAGCUCAGAGGACCAGCAGAGCCUGCACUCCUUGGAACAACUUGAGGGAAGAACAGAGGACUUAGAUUCUGACGGAAAUCUCCUGAAAAUAGAGACAGUUGGUCCUCUAGGAUGUGAUAUAUUGCCUUCCUCAGGCACAGAUAGUUUAUCAGACAGUUUUGCACCCGAAGAUGCGGUAGGUUCCUCAGAUGAAAGGGCUGAAUGUUCAGCCCAAGUUGGCCUACAAGAUUCUCCAAUGGAAGACAAGAACAGUUCGCCCGAAACCAUCCUUCAGGAAAAAGUGAGUUCACAGUGCCAGCAAAGAGAGAACUCCUUGGAGGACCCUUGUGAUACAAAAGAGAAGCUGUUGGACCAGGAAAGUGAAACCUUUGUUCAAAAGCCUGAAGGCCCUGGAUUGGAGAGAUCUUUGACUGAAGGUAAGACUGUAGUAACUAUUCCAUGGUAACUAACCUUGACUGCAUACACACAUGAAAGAGACCAGUCUAAAAUUCUUCACUAAAGAAACAGAUCAGGACCAGCGGGUUUAAAUUAAGCACCUGGAAUAAAGGACAUAAAAGUAUAAAACUGAUUCUUGUUGCAUGAUUAAUUUUUUAAAAGUUGCUCCAGCAUGGAAUGUGUGAUGAUUGGUGUGGUGUUGUUGUUUGUUUGUUUGUUUGUUUGUUUGUUUGUUAUUAAAGUGGAAGAGGAUAAAGCUCAUAUAUUUUAAACAGGCAGUUAGCUGUUAGAAUUAGAAGUCAGAAGAAUAGACUAGAAGGAAAUACAUACCACUCCUGACCUGACUUUUGGUAAUCUUGUUCUGUGGAUUUGAUUUAAAUCAAAUCAAAUCGAUUUAAAUCAUGAUUUAAAUCAUUAGUCAGUAAGACUUGAUUUAAAUCAUUAUUUAUUUUUUACAGAAAGACUCAUUCUUGCUGGUAUAAUCUUAAUAUUUACAACCAGAUGAAGGUUUCAUUUUUGGAAUAAUAAAUUUUCAGAGUAGUUUUUACAGUUAUAUCAAAAAUUACUGAUUUUGGUUAUACUAUUAGAAAUACAUUGACAGAUAAUUAUGAAAUUAUUGUGAGGUUUAAUAAGUUAACUUUAUAUUUGGACAACUUUUCUGCUGUAAUUUAUUGUAAGGAGAAAAAUAAUUAUUUCCGUAAUAACAAUUUAAACAAUUUAUUUAACUGAAACAAUAACACUAUGGCAUAUGUAUCCAUGUCUGUUAACUGAUGUGGUUAAAUGAUUUUUUUUAUAUAAAAAAACUUAGACUGAAUUUUAGCACACAUGAAAAACUUAAAACAAAUCCUUAUUUCCUGAUGAAUAGCAUUUGGACUAUAAUGUGCAAGACAUUUGGACAUUUAAGUGCAAGAUGGAAAGAGGGGGGUGGAUAGGUGUGCUACGAGAGUGUAGUUAAAAGCAUUGCCACAUUGGAAACGAAACUUACGCCCUACCUAAAUCUCAUUUUCCAAAAUUUGAGCUGACUCACCUCCACAUAUAUAAGAAGGGAGCUUUCGGGGCACGUGCCCUCACGUUUUAGCUGGUACACUACAUGAUUUCUUUUUCUUCUGGUCUUGCUUUUGGGCCGGCUGGACUUCUUCCUUGCUGCUAUUUCUGAUAACACUGAUGUUCUUCUCAGGGCACAUGGGACGCAAAGCAGAGGCUGAGCCCUGUGCAGAAGAGGCAAGCCAGCAGAGCGCAAGAGAACGACCGAUGGAGCAGCCGGGUAAUGGUGAGAAAACCUUUGUCCUCUGCAUAGCAACAAAGCUGAUCAAAUGAAUUUUAAUUAAGAAAUGACAAAAAAGGAAAUUAAAUUAAAUUGAAUUAAAAGGGCUUGUAUUGGGAACGUUACUCCAGUUCUUAGUAUCCGAAACUGUCUAUUCCUUUUCAGCCAGGGUUUCUUGUGUAAGAAAGGGGUGGGGCAUCUCUGUCCCACUGGUCGAAUGUGAUCGUCCAGACCCAUCCCUUCUCUCUCUCUGGCCCUUGGGACCCCAGGCCACGUGUUUAGGAAAGUUUGUAGUGACUGAUGUUUUAAUGUAUUUUUAAUCCUUUCUUGGAAAUCACCCAGAAUGGCUGGGGAAACCCAGCCAGAUGGGUGGGGGGUAUAAAUAUUAUUAUUAUUAUUAUUCCCUGCCCUAUACCCUCCCCAAUGCUUCUGCCCAGGCGACAGCAGUGGAUGGCAAGGUGGGUCUGCCAUGUUCACCUGACCUUUGGUCAGUUGCGUUGCUACUUACCAGGAGGGAGAGAGCGGAGGAUGGAGGUGAGGCUGGCAAAGUGCAAACUUGGCCGCAGAAACCCUGGAUUGGCUUGGCUGUUUCGCUUGCAACAUUCCCACCUCACCAACACCUCUCCUCUCUCCUUCCCUCUACCUCCUGGUAAGCAGUAGCAACAUGACCGAUCAGAGGUCAGGUGAGCUUUCAUGCGGCUAGAACAUGGGUAGGCAAACUAAGGCCCGGGAGCCGGAUCCGGCCCAAUCGCCUUCUAAAUCCAGCCUGUGGAUGGUUUGGGAAUCAGUGUGUUCUUACAUGAGUAGAAUGUGUCCUUUUAUUUAAAAUGCAUCUCUGGGUUAUUUGUGGGGCAUAGGAAUUCGUUCACACCCCCCCAAUAGUCCGGCCCCCCACAAGGUCUGAGGGUCAGUUGACUGGUCCCCUUCUGAAAAGGUUUGCUGACCCCUGGGCUAGAAAAAUAAGAGCCACAGACACUGUCCUGCUCAUUUUAUUGCUGCCCCCGCUCCCCAGUUUUCUCUCUGGCCCUCCCCACCACUUGCAUGUGGCCCCUGGGAAGCUGGCCACGGGGCAGAGCUGACGUUUGACGGCUACUUUGCUGCCAACGGAGCCUGGUGUGUCAGAAGGUGGCAGCCGCCUUUGGAGUAUGAAAUAUUUUUAGUACAAGGUGAAGCCAGUCUAUGCCGUCCGCCAUGUGUUACCCUGAGUCUAUUGCCAUGUGAAUUGAUUGACUUUUAUUGAUUUUAAAAUAAAGCUUUUUAUUGAUUUUCACAGUGCAACAGACAACAAUUUGAUUGAUAGCAUUUUUUAUCCUGCUCUUCAGCCGGGGGGUGGGGAGAGGGGAGAGAGACUUCCUAGAGUGGCUUACAAAUAUUAGUGAUGAUAAGGCAUUUUGUGGUAUAUCGGGCUCCUUUCUGAAUCAUGUUUUUCUGUCUUUCAUGAUCGUCAGGUUUUGCGUCCCAUGGGCUUGUUGUGGGAGCUGUGGUGCUUUUGGCUGCUGUUUGCAUAGGUGUCUCUGGCUACUUAACUUCUCACCCCCUGAAUGUGCCCAAAAACCCAGUUGUGGAGGCCUUCCUGUCAAGAUUUGAACCUCUGAAGGAGAGCUUCCCAGGUCAGAGACCUUACCUGUGGGUCCGGGUCCGGAAAGUCCUACAGAAACACCUCAAUGCUUCCUGCCACACGAAGCCAGCUAUCUUACUCCUUGCCUCUGCUCAGGAAGGCAAAGCAACUUUGAAGUGCCUCAGCUCCCAGAUUGCAGAUAUCUACUCCUCAUCCCUGGGCGGCAGCACGGUCCAGGUGGAUGGAGCCUCGAAAUCCACUCUCAGCAGCGAUAGGGCCAAGCUGGCUGUCGACGAGGAGCUCACCUCUGGCUUCCACAGAGGGGGGAGGGCAGCCGUGGUGCAUCAGUUUGAGUCUCUGCCUGCGGCUUCCACCUUGAUCUUUUACAAGUACUGCGACCACGAGAGCGCAGCUUUCAGAGACGUGGCGCUGAUUUUGACAGUCUUGCUGGAGGAUGAGAACCUGGAGCCUAAUGUUGGCCUGCAGACUGUGGAGGAAAACGUGCGGGACUUCCUCUGGGCCAAGUUCACAAACUCAGACAUGCCCACAUCCUACAACCACAUGGACACGGACAAACUGAGUGGAUUGUGGAGCCGCAUAUCUCACCUGGUCCUCCCAGUCUACCCAGUACAAGCCAUAGACGAUGCUGGUUGCCCUUUGCAAGCCAGAGCCCAGGGCUGAACAAGGCGGGUUUCAGAGGAAAGCCAAAAAGCUCUGAAGGAUUUGCACCAAUCAUGGAAACUUGUUUUCCCCCUACAUGACUGUGUGAGCCAAGCAAGGGUCUAGAAGCAUUAACGAGGAGCUGGCUGAUUUUAUAUCAAUAAUGCAUUUUGAUGUUGGUAUUGAUUGACAAAAUGAGAAGUAUAUUAACUGUGCUACUUCUGUAGCCGUUGCAGCAUUUGUGAUGCAAUCCAAGGACAAUUUAAAAAAAAUACUAAUGGAGAGGUGGGUGGUAUUUAUCUCUUGCACGUUGCACAUCCAGAAUGCUUUUUGCCACUGGAGGAAAACAGAAUGAAUUCAGAGACCCAGGAAAUUGCCCUUAGCAAACUCUGCCCUUCUUAAAAGUUAGCUUUGAUAUAGCAGUGUGCCUAAGCUUUCCGUUAUAUGGAUUAAAUCCUCAUGUGCAGGGGGGGGGCGGGGAAUACACCCUGUAAUGUGUACCUGAAAUCUGGAAGGCCCUGGUUAGCAGCUUCUAUUAACUUUUCACAAGCAAAGAAAUAGGAAUAAAUCCUACAUCUGUGACCAGGGAAGGCUGUCUUUCCCUGCAAUAUAUAUCGGCACAGGAUCAUUCUGUGUGUCUUCUUUGAUGCUGGCACUGAAUCAAAAGCAUAGAAAGAAUACUAUAAAUACAUAGAAGUAGCAAACAUGCUGCUUGAGCCGGCCUCAGUAUGGUUCACGUCUGUUGUACUGAUAGGGGGGAGACCAGUCCAGGUUAAACUCAGGGUACGGGGGUUCACACAGUUGAAUGCAAUAAAUCGGGAAACUCCAGAAGAAUGAUGCAACCUUACACUUGGGUGUGCCUUAGCCAGUUGCACAAAUUUCUUUCUUAGGUAGUGAGAUGAGUGGAAAAGCAAGUCAUGUUUGUAAGAACCGGAGAGCAUGGGUAGCUAGGGAGGGAAAUGUUGUUGUUUUUUCAAUUUAACUGUUGAUAACCUAGCAGUGAUCAAGUCCCCAGACAGUAUUGCAAGGCAGGUGUGUGACGCGGAAACCACAGGAGGCAGAUAAAUGCAGUUGUCAUUUCCCCAUGUGAAACUGCAUAGCAUUUCCAUUGAAUAAUACAUUCUUUAGAGACAAAGCUAGUCUGGAUGGAGGAGGUAAAUGUAGGAAGCAGAAAAGGUAAGUGGAGUCACGAGCGGGAGAGGGAAAUUAUCAGAAGAAUUAAUUUCUUUCUUUUUUUUAAGGACUAUGUCUUUGUAUAGGAGAAUCUCUCAGGAAGGCAAAUCUGUCUGUUCCAAAGUAACAGAGAACAAACUUCAUGCCAAAAGAAGUGUCUCCUUUUUUUUAAUCCUAAUGGAUAUUUGCUGGUGAUUUGGUAGAAUCCUGAGAGCCAGUGUGGUGUAGUGGUUAAGAGCGAUAGACUCGUAAUCUGGUGAACUGGGUUCGAUUCCCUGCUCCUCCACAUGCAGCUGCUGGGUGACCUUGGGCUAGUCACACUUCUCUGAAGUCUCUCAGCCCCACUAACCUCACAGAGUGUUUGUUGUGGGGGAGGAAGGGAAAGGAGAUUGUUGGCCGCUUUGAGACUCCUUAGGGUAGUGAUAAAGCGGGGUAUCAAAUCCAAACUCCCCCUCCUCCUCCUCCUCCAGUAUCCAAUACACUUGUUCCUCGAGCUCAAGAAUUCCUGGUUGCACAGUGGAACUCUCCCAUUCUCUCCCUGGUGUGCCCUGCCCCCUCCCAAAAUCUGCUCUGGAGGGUGGGUGGGGGACCCCUGAACAGAUUCAGGGGGUGCAUGAGGAGAGGGAAGAGAAGUUCUGUCAAACAGCCCAAAGUCCUUGUGCUGAUGGAACUAGUUCAUUGAAUACCACCUGCUAUAGUUACAUGGCAGGUGCCAGCUGGUUCCGUAGCUUGAGUUCCAUCAGCACCCACCAUUCAAUCAUAUUCCACCCCUGUAUUAACUGCUACAUUAAUUGUUUCACAUCUGCACCAUUUGCACUUGCAGUGCCACCUUACGUAUGUCUACUCAGAAGCAAAUCCCAGUAUAUUCAGUGGAGCUUAUUUCCAGGAAAGGACGCAUAAGAUAGAAAACUUUCUUUCCUUCUGUUACCUGGCUUUGUCUCUUGGGAAACAAAGGGCAGUAUUAGGCAUACCCAGAGUAACCCAUGGGAAUUACUGAACACGACUAACUUAAGUUCAUUAAUUUCAGCGAGUGUAACUUGGUUGGAUACAACCCGACGAUUGUCUCCACGCUUGCAGUAGAAAGGAAAACCAUCACAAAUCAUUACGACUGCGCAUGCUGCUUUCUUUAAAGGUUCAUAUAGCUUGAAUCCAGCUGUUUUGUGUCUCCAAUCAGAAGGCAAGUUUUGUGUCUCUCUGUUCAGAAGGCAAGUUCAGGUUCCUGGCUGCCAAGCCAAGAACAACUCGCCUAGAUUAUUUUUGAUUUGAAGUCGAACAUGGAAUUGCAGUCUGAAGGAGCCACACUUGCGAAUAGCAUUGCCAACCUAACAGAAGUUUGAAUUGUAGCAAUGAGCACAUCCAUCUUAUAAAAAACUUUGCCUUCUGAUUUCUGCAAAUCAAGUUGCUGCUAAAGGCACAAAACCAGCUACGUUUUGAUCGGCUAGCAACACUACUGGACAGCAAAUAAAGAAGUGCAAUUAAUUUGUCAUUUUAAGUAACACUGAAAAUCUAGUCAAAUAAAUAUGAGCUAAUAAAGGAUAAGAAUGAAGUGCAUUAAAAAUAUUUUUGAUCUUUGUGUGAAAUAAAAGUCAAAGUGGAAGUUAUCACAUA